AUGUGUGCCUUUUCUCAAAGCUUUCUCCUCCACUGGCGCAACUUGAACAAGCUCAGUCGAACUUGCGACAGCCCUUGA